UACUAAAGGUGGCGCUGUUUAGGUAAAAGAGGUUUGCAUACUUCCACCAAUUGCAAAGCUCGGAAUAGUGACAGAGGUUAAUUAUGACAGAUUAAUUGUCAACGUGCACUCAGACGGUGUCAAAAUUGGAAUUUUCGCGAUUUUCCGAUUUUCAUCAAUUAAAUCGAACCUUCUAAGUGGAAGGACUGAAGCCGCAGCCGAAGAUGCUAAGGAAUUCGAUUUGCUAACACUCGUAUCACCGGAUUUUUCAGCAGGAAAGUAACAGCAGGAGCCAGCAUGGAGAGGAGACGUAACGUGAAGGGCAAAGAUUCGAGCUCGAGCAUGGAAAAUGGGCAGACCAUGAAGAGCUCUUCCAGUGGCAGCCUGAAGGGUGAUGGAAAGAACAUUGCUCUGCUCUUUUUCUUGUACACGCUGCAGGGAAUCCCGCUCGGCCUGAGCGCUGCCAUACCGAUGAUCCUGCAGAAUCGUGGAGUCAGCUACAAGCAGCAGGCCGAAUUUAGUUUUGUUAACUGGCCGUUUAGUAUAAAACUACUCUGGGCGCCUAUUGUAGAUUCAAUGUUUUCCAUGCGGAUUGGUAGGAGGAAAACGUGGAUGGUGCCCACUCAGUACCUGAUUGGGGCGUUCAUGCUUCUGCUGAGCAGUCACGUGGAUCUGUGGUUGGGGGCUGACGGAAACGAGCCGAACAUUGGUAUCCUGACCGCACUGUUCUUCUCUUUGAACUUCCUUGCCGCCACUCAAGAUAUCGCCGUCGAUGGCUGGGCUUUGACCAUGCUGAAGAAGAGCAACGUGGGGCACGCGUCCACCUGCAACAGCGUCGGCCAAACUGCAGGUUUCUUCCUCAGCUACGUCCUAUUUAUGGCCUUGGAGAGCGCAGACUUUUGCAACAGUUACCUGAGGACUGAACCGGAAAACGAGGGCAUCGUCACCCUUGCCGGUUUCCUGUACUUCUGGGGCUGGAUAUUCCUAAUUACGACGACGGUCGUGGCCUUUCUGAAGAAGGAGGAGCAUCGCGACGAAGACAAUUCUGAAGACAACAGGGACCUAAAGAAGGCAUACUCGAGUUUGCUGCAGAUCCUGAAGCUGCAGCCGGUGCAAACGUUGGUGCUCAUCCUGUUGACAGCAAAAAUAGGCUUUUCCGCCACGGACAGCGUGAUGACUUUAAAGUUGGUGGAAGCCGGAAUCCCGAAGGAGAGACUCGGUUUGCUGGCGGUUCCAUUGAUUCCCUUGCAAAUUGCGUUGCCCUUGGUCAUCGCGAAAUAUACAACAGGACCGAAACCGUUGAAGGUGUACACGAAAGCGAUUCCUUAUAGGUUGAUGUUCGGUUUCGUCGCUGCUUUGCUGGUGUGGAUCACGCCGAAAUUGGUGCCCGAUGCCUCGGAGGGUUUACCCGUCUACUAUUACGCACUUCUUUUGAUUUGUUACUCGUUGCAUCAAGUUUGCGUUUAUAGUAUGUUCGUAUCGUGUAUGGCGUUUUUCGCGAAGAUCAGCGAUCCUCUAGUGGGCGGUACCUACAUGACUCUGCUGAACACGGUGACCAAUCUGGGCGGUAAUUGGCCGGCAACCUUAUCCCUCUGGCUCGUCGAUCCACUCACGUACAGGGAAUGCGUGGGCGGGGUCAACAACGACGACAACUUGUGUCGCACUUCGCUCGAAAAGGAGCUGUGCGCCAAGAACGAGGGUAAAUGCAGCAUUUGGUUGGACGGUUAUUACGUGGAAACUGUUGUCUGCGCAGCAAUUGGUUGCCUGUGGCUGCGCUGGGCGCGGUCUCGCAUCCAGAAGAUCCAAUCGCUGGACGAGGACGCCUGGAGGCUCUCUAAACAGACAAAAUAACAGUUACAUUCAUCAACAUUCCAUCGGGGCUACACGUACACGGACGAUUUCGCAGUGGCAAUCAACAGUUAGUGUUCCUACCGAUUUCUAACGUUUCUUUUGUAAAUUAUUAUUUCUUUGAUUUUCGUUAUUAUUCGAGCACCAUCAAGUUAUUAUCAAAGUAAUAAUUUCAGGUGUGAAUUUUGUUAACGUUUUAUAUGUGUAUAUGGGAAUCACGACGGUUCGGUCGAUUUGUGAUUGAUUGUUAAGACAGAAGAGGUAUCAUUUUCUUUUUUUCUUAUAUACGGAAACCUUGUGACAAUACGAAGAAAUGCGUUUAGUUUUGAUUUAUCCAUUCCGUACGUCUCAACUGCAUCAGCACCGUUUGUUAUACAGUUUUUUUAAAAUAAGAAAAUAUAUUUUAUAAUAAAAUAAUUAUAU